AUGCAAGCAUCUAUCGAGAAGCGUAAAAAUGAAAAUUCUAACUCUAUUAGCAUGUCCCAAGAGAAACCAAACAAAAAGUUAUCACGCCAUGCUCGUCAUAAUAAAAAACGUAAGCUUGAAAAAGAACAAAAUUCGACCUU